CCAGAGGGAGAAAGCACAAGACACAUUUCAUAAAAAGAAAUAACAAUACGUAGUUGGUCUCAUUGACCAAAUCAUGGCUCUCGUUUGUUCAAACCCAUUAUUCAAACACAUUGUUUCUGCACAAUCAACCACCACAAAGCUUAAGCUAAAUGACCCAAACAAAUGUAGUAGUAAUUUGCAUCUUAGAAAACCCUCCUAUUCUUUUCUUGCUGUGAAAUGCAUCAAGGAAGAAGAAGAAGUUGUGUCAUCUGUUGAGCAUCGUCCACAGCACUAUUUAGUUGUGGAGGGCGUCCCAUCUCCUAGCCAACUACCUUCUUAUGAUGUGGAUCGAGAGGACUUCCCUCAUGACUUCCUCUUUGGUGCCUCCACUUCUGCCCUUCAGAUCGAAGGACGAGGAGACGAAGGUGGAAGAGGAGAAGGUACUUGGGACUCAAUGAUUGAAGCGGACAAAGGAAUGAAAGCAGUUGAUUCCUACUACCUUUACAAGGAAGAUGUGAAGUUGUUGAAAGAAAUGGGAAUGAACACAUACAGGUUCUCCAUCUCUUGGUCACGGAUACUGCCUAAUGGUACUGUUCAUUCAGGCGUUAAUCAAGACGGCGUUGAUUACUACAACAAGCUAAUAAAUGAAUUGAUUGAAAACGGAAUUACUCCAAUCGUUACUCUGAUGCACUUCGAUCUGCCACAAAUUAUACAGGAUGAAUUUGGCGGUUUCUUGAGUCCAACCAUUAGAGAACUGUUCAAGGACUAUGUUGAUGUUUGUUUCGAGAAGUUCGGUGAUCGAGUAAAGAUUUGGGGUACAAUUAACGAGCCUCUAAUUUACGUAUACCUUGGAAAAAGGAUGGGAUUUCCUCCACAACUUCAGACUCAAACUGAUGCUCCUUACAUUGCAUACCACAAUAUUAUCUUAGCUCAUUCUCAAGCUGUCAAACUCUACAAGCAUAAAUAUCAGAAAAAACAAGGUGGAGAAAUAGGAGUUUCAUUGCCAAUUCAAUGGGCUAUGCCAUUUAGUCAGCAUGAUCCUAAGGAUUUGGCUGCUACAGAAGCAAGUUUGGACCUCGCUGUUGGUUGGUUCAUGAAUCCACUUGUGCACGGAGAUUACCCGGAAUGGAUGAAAAAGAACGUGGUCGGACUCCCGGAGUUCACCAACGAUGAAAAGAAGCUUGUGAAACACGCCUAUGAUUUUAUUGGUAUAAAUUACUAUACUUCAAGAUACAAGCAACAAACCUUUUCCUUUGAUCCAUUCACGUCCGAGAUCACCAUCUCUUUCAAGCCUCAAACUGCGAACGCUGAGAAGAAGCAUCUUGGGCGGCCAGCCGAAGGACGAGAGGAUAUAUACGAUUAUCCGAAUGGACUUCAUGAAUUGUUACUUCACAUGAAGAACAAGUAUGGUAACCCUCCCAUGUACAUCACUGAGAAUGGUAUCUCUUCAAAACCUACGGUAACAGGUUCAUUUAAAGAUUUGAUAAAACAUGGAAAAAUCAAACAACUACAAGAUGCAUUGUAUGAUUACGAUAGAAUCAAGUAUGCCGCCGGACAUCUCAUAGCUGUGAGAGAUGCAAUGAGGGAAGGAGCAAAUGUAAAAGGUUACGUGGUGUGGUCAUUGUUAGAUAAUAUGGAAGUGGGAAGUGGUUAUGAUGUUCGAUUUGGUCUCAACUUGGUGGAUUAUUUUGACAAUUGCAAGAGGUAUCCUAAGCUAUCUGCUCUAUGGUUCAAAAAGUUUCUUAAACCUCAUGUCAUGGUCUGAUAAAUCCUCCAUCUCAAUUUGAUCUCAUUAAAUGUCUUGUAACUCUAUCAUACACUAUUAAUAAUCUACUCCAUCGAUCUUGAGGAGUAUUUCAUAUCCAUAAUUAAGGUUGGACGUUGAGGUUACAUUUCAUGCAUCUCUUGGACUAGCUAUCUCAAUUUGGACAAUUUCGGUAAGGAGUACUCAAUUUUCAUCAAACUAGUGUUUGGUGCCGGGGCGAUGCCCCGGGUUACUACUUUAAAUAUCAUAUACUCUGUAUGUGGUAACUGAUAUGCAUUAUAUAUGUAAAAAGUUUGGUGUAUAUUAUACGCUUGGAUGUUCUAAGUUAUAUAUAUUUAUGUUCAAUAAA